AUGCACUGGCCUGUAAUACUGCCAACCGUAUCACCUGAAACAUAUGGUACGAAAGACUGGACCGAAUAUGAACCUGGCUGGAAUUUCACAGCCACCUGGUACGAGAUGGAGAAGCUACUAGCAACUGGGCAGGUCCAGGCGAUUGGUAUUGCCAACUCGACCAUGAACCUCGAGAAAUUGCCCAGAAGCUGCAAACUCGUUUCUGCUGUGAAUCAAACAGAGAUCCAGUACUUGCAUGUCCAGAAGAAAUUGAAUUCUCUCUGUACUGAAAAGGGUAUUUAUGAAACAGCGUUUGGAUUACUUGGUGGUAGUGGAAGUACCACCGACCCCAUUGUGAGUGAUAUUGCAGAUAGGAGAGGAUGUAGCUCUGGCAAUGUGCUGCUCAGCUGGGGCGUGAAGAAGGGUGGGAGUGUUAUCCCAAAGAGCGUCAAUCCGGCGCGUAUCGUUGGAAAUCUACGAAGCUGUUUCGUGAUGGACGAUCAAGAAAUGGCACAAAUUGAUCAGUUGGUCAACACCAUUGGAGAGAAAUAUUUCAACCUGCCUGAAUGGGGACAGCCAUAUUUCACGAUGAUGGAGAAAAUGCAAUAUGAAAGUUGGGAUAUCUAUGAUAUCUGUUGGGCACUGUUUGUCCUUUUUAAUCAGAAAUACUCCCUUUCCUUUGAAACAUCCUUUCCUAUCUUCUUCUUCUUCUUCUGGCCUGUCAAUUUCUAUACAAGUGAAGAGCCUAUACAAGUCUAG